GCAAGGACAAACGGAAAGCCAAGGGAAGAGGAGGUCAAGGCACAUAUAAAGAGGAGCUGGACUGGUCUCUAGCCAUCAUUACAGCCUCGAAACUGAGACCGAUAUUAAGCAAGAUGCGCAGUAUCGCUGUGGUUGUGCUCCUUGUGGUGGUGGCUGUGAGUCUUCAGCAAGCAGCCGCCGACUCGAGCCUGAAGUUCUUCGAGCGUGAGGUGGUGUCCGAGUUGGCGGCGCAGAUCCUGCGCGUGGCUCAGGGACCCUCGGCCUUCGUCGCGGGACCUCACAAGCGCAACUCGGAGCUGAUCAACUCCCUCCUGGGGAUCCCCAAGGUCAUGACCGACGCCGGAAGGAAAUAAAUCAUGAAGAUCUACUGUUCAUGGGAGGCUAAGAAUCCGCGUACGACUACGGACGUAAACUAUUGUUUUACUUCGAACAACUCUUCCUUCUUUGGGUAAAAUAAUUGCUGCAGCAUUUAUUCUUGUAUUUGUUUUCUGAAAAAGAUAAUAAAAUGUAAUACUAGAAAGUAA